AUGGCGGAUAUAUCCGCCACUGUCAUUGCGACCAAGGUGAUGCAGGCCAACCUGAACCACUGCGCCGCUGCGCAAGACCUUCUGGUCGCCAGUGCGGCGCGGUGGAUGGUUGACCUUAUAGUCAUCGCUGAGCCGUACUCGAUUCCGCCGUCUGCGGUCUCGAGCAGGUGCAGUUCGGCGGUGAUCUUGGCCCCAUCGCGGCUGCCCGGCACAUCCUUCGAGCGCCUUGCGGCGGGAGAAGGAUGGGCAGCCGCUCGGUGGGGGGAACUCACGGUGGUGAGCUGCUACAUAAGUCCGGGUCACAAGCGGCCCGUGUUUGAGAGGAUCCUGGGUGCAAUACGCUCUUUCGUAGCACAGUGCAGGACCCCCAAGAUCCUGGUCCUCGGGGACUUCAACUCCAAGUCGGUGGACUGGGGUUGCCCCGAGGACAGUGUAAGGGGCCGCAUAUUGCGGACUUGGGUGGAGGGCUCGGGGCUACGCGUUCUUAAUCGCGGCUCCGAGCCUACGUGCGUCCGCGCUCAGGGGACGUCCAUUGUGGAUGUAACGUUCGCGACCCCUGAUGUCGCCGCCACGGUGUCAGGGUGGAGGGUGAUGGACGAGGAGACGCUGUCCGAUCAUAGAUAUAUCGCCUUUGAUCUGCGUCCCCCGUCCAGCAGGGUACCUCCUCGGCACACCCACCCGAGCAGCUCACCAAGAUGGGCGCUGAAGCGCCUGGAUCGAGACGCGUUGCGAGCGGCCAUCGCCGCCGCGGUAUGGGACCCAGACGCAGACCAGGACUCAUGCCCGGAUACAGAGUCGGAGGCUGCCGCGCUCCGGGAUGUUGCAACGAACAUCUCGGACGCGUGCAUGCCAAGGACAGGAGCGGCACCCCCAAACCGGCGUUCCGUGUACUGGUGGAGUACGGAGAUCGAGGAUCUCCGGAAUGCGUGCCUCCGGGCGCGCCACCGGUAUGCGGAGCUACGACGUCCAUUCCAGGGCGGAGUAGCAGUCGGGGCGGGGAUGUCCGCGGAGACUGAGAUGGCCCUCCGAGCAGAGUACCGCGAUGCUCGCGAGGCUCUUUCGGGGGCCAUCGGUAAGACAAAAUUCCGGGCAUGGGAAGAGUUCAUCCUCACGUUGGACCAGGACCCGUGA